UUCCGGACAUUCUGCGCCUCACUGAUAUAUAAAGAUAGUGUAUAGUGUAUUACAUUCAAAGAUUAUUGUAUCUCAUACGGGAAACAUUGAAAAGAAACUUUGUUUGUUUAUUUUUUUAUUGUUAUUGAUUCGUUUUAAAUUCAAAGAUGAAGACCGAAUUGUUUUGUUUAGGAGUUGCUGUACUGUUUCUGACUAAAGAGACUUUAACACAAAUUGAGCCAGAUCCUUACUUGAUUGAAAAGAUGUCCGAGGUGAGGAAUAUCUCUCAAUGGUGCGAGCUUAUGAAUAUGGAAGAUUGCGAAAAAGUUAUAGAAGAGGCUGUCACAACGGAAGCCGUCGACGAGACAGGGGAGAAAAUUGUAGUAUCUGGAGAUGAAGAAGAACCAAAAGUUGCCUUAUUUGAUGCGUGCAAUCCCCGUGGACAAACGAUAGCGUUGCCACGUCAUCCUGACCCUGACAUCACAGUUUGGCCUCCGUGUACACGUGCGCAGAGAUGUGGUGGCUGCUGCACGAGUGAUGUGUUCUCCUGUGAACCUACUGCUAUCUCAGAAAAAUUUGUAAAGGUAUUUGAUACCCGUUUACCUUACCCAGGAGCUCAUAGGUUCAAAUUCUUGGGUGUACGAAUUGUGAAGAUUAUAGAGCACCUUCACUGUGAUGCACAAUGUAAAACAAAGGAACAUGAGUGUCAUAAAUAUCAGAAGUACGACCAUCGACGAUGUAGAUGCUAUUGCCGACCUGAGAGACUUCAACUUAAGUAUACAUGCAGCGAAGACCAGAUCUGGGAUGAAAAUGAAUGUGACUGCAUCUGCCCAAAUCGAAAUACAAUCGUGUGCCCUGACCCUUCCUAUUUCAGUUCACAAACGUGCAAGUGUACACUGAAGAUGGGUGUCAGUGGUGAAAUUGACCUUGAGAAGCUGUUUGAACAACUGGACAGAGGCGAUUUCGGCCAAGAUAUUCUCCUGAACACCCAGACCAACGGUGAAUAUAAUGACACGGAUAUAAUUGCUGGCAAUAUAAUUGUGGACGAAGCAACGCCACCUAGUGGAAAAGAUUCUUCCGGAGAGAACGCCGGAACCAAUGGCAAAGUGAAGGGGAAAGGCGAAGAUGAAAAUGGAAAUGAUGACGAGGAUGAAACGACAACGUUUUCGCAAUCCUCUUCUACAUCAGCACACUCGACUUCAACAGCAACAUCUACAACUACUGCAACAACCACGACGACGACGACAACAACAACAACAACACCAACAACAACAACAACCGCACCCAAACCAACUACUUGCGUUCCGCCAAAGCCCUGUUGGGGCAACUGGGAGCCAAGGCGACUGAAAAACGGAAAAUGUCGGUGUUUUCCGGCGUUUGGUUGAGUUAGUGGACUAAAUACGAAGUUGUUAUAUUCCAAAAGUUAUACAUAUAUAUAUCUUCUUGUGUAUAUUUGGUUUAAAGUUUUCACUGUAAAUAUCAAAUGAAUGCCAACUGAGAUUCACUUCUCAAGAACAUACAAAUGACUAAGAACAGUUAAAAAUGAGGUUGAAAGAUUUAUCUAUAUUUAUGUAUUAUUCCAUGUAUUAUGUACUGUACAUGUUGUAUUACAAAAGUGCUAGUGAGGUGUGACAAUAAAGAUCCCUCCGAAGGACUGACUAUUCAUGGGUUUGGCAAGAAACGGUAUGAAUUUUAGCUAACCAAGUAUGAACGUAAUAAGUUUGAAGCUCUAUCUGUUCAUCCAGAGAGAGAAAUGACACCCUAGAACAGUCUUUAUCUUCAAAGUGUUCGGCCCUGUGAAACCGCAUUAUAACUUUGAUAAUCUCUACCGUUUUAACGCGAUGGUUAAUGUGUAUGUGUGUUUUUAUUUCCAUUGUAGAACGACAAACGGAAAGAAUUGUUAUGUUUCGAAGAAUAAAUUAGGUAAUGAUACAUUUUCCAGGCAAUAUGUACUACUUUCCUUCAAUAUUUAUAUUUUUAUACUACAUGUACCAUGCGGUGUUUUUGAAUCGUCUGCUAUGAUGGAGAUUAAUGGCCCUCUCGUCCCGAAUCAAGUUCAAUCUAACAUACACGUAGUUUUUUGAAAACAAGUCAUUUAAACGCCAAAACGGUUAUGAUAAGUUAUGAUUGUUUCACAAGUCGAUUUUUGUUGAGUUUUAACAGAUAAAUCCAUCGGAAACGGUAAAUGCUUCAGCAUAAUCCACAAUACAGACAUACAGUCAGACAGACAUACAGUCAGACAGACAAACAGGUAGAUUCCAGAUGGAAGUAAAUCUAAGGGAAACUGUCUUACUGGUUUAUGAAAAAAUAACAAAGUUAAAAUUCAAGUUCAUUACGAUUUACCAGCAUAUUAUCAGCUUUUAUCGUUCGACUGCAUUAGCGCUUCUCUUCAGCAAAUACAGUUUAAUCUAGAUAGAACUACUUAAUGGCUAUAAGUUAUUAACUUACUCCAGAAGUUGAAAUAAAAACAUUUAUCUGAUCAGCUAAAUUACGUACAAUAAUACACGGUAUGACUUUAAUUUUUAAGGGCAUUUGCGUACAUUUAUGCAAAGCUGAAGAAUGUUGGUAAUUUCGUUUCGUUAGUUUCAAAACAUAUUCCUUUGCCGAUAAACAUAUAAUAACGCUCUUGUGUUGUGUGAAAUCUUUCAAUUGUUUUUAUCACACAGACCCCCAACCCCAAAGAAGCGUUGGUCUCCCAAGUUUAUUUAACAAGUUGCGCACUCAACUAUUCGACAGUUUCUAAGUCAUACAAGGGCCAAAACUUGGUAAUAAAAUCUGUAAAAAUCCUCUGGAAGCAUAGAAUGGAACCAAGGAAAAUAAUAGCAGCCUAUCUUUGACUGAGUCUGUUCGUGAGAGAUAAUGAAAUGUACAACAUCUCUCACGCUCCCUAGCACCGGCAUAAGCGGAACUCUAUGAUACAUCUUUUAAGUAGAUUCCAUGAUCCCAAAAAGACCAGAUAAGAUAACAACACUAAAUCCAAGUACGGGGAGGGAGACUUUUACAGCCACCACACGGCACUUUAAGACUGAUGUUGUGAUAGUUAAUAAAACAUGUAAAAUGACUUAUGUAACUGAAUUAUUUGAGCCGCGCCAUGAGAAAACCAACAUAAUGGGUUUGCGACCAGCAUGGAUCCAGACCAGCCUGCGCAUCCGCGCAGUCUGGUCAGGAUCCAUGCUGUUCGCUUUUAAAGCCUAUUGGAAUUGGAGAAACUGUUAGCGAACAGCAUGGAUCCUGACCAGACUGCGCGGAUGCGCAGGCUGGUCUGGAUCCAUGCUGGUCGCAAAGCCACUAUGUUGGUUUUCACAUGGCACGGCUCAUUUUAUGAUUUUUUGACACUUAUUACAAACUGAAAUUUUGUUAUUGCAAUGCAAAUUCUUCAAUCAAAUAUUACAGUUAAAAUAAGAGCCAUAAUUGCAUCUGCUUUCAACAUUGUGUUCUCUAUUAUGAAUGGUCGCUGAACGAGAAAGAUGUCUUCUGUGAAGUUUCAUUGCGAUGUAUGUAGUUGUUGCUGAUACACAGCUUGACAAUUUCACUCAAAACGUCAUCCAAACUUUUAACUUGAAAAGGGGUCAAAAUUGGAAUAAAAUUCAACAAAGACUUAUCUAACUUUUUUUUAUCGCAAUAUGUUUGGUGGCUUUGAAACAUCUGAAAUUUCAAUCCAACACAUAUAGUUGAUAAUUAGAUGCAGCUUGAUUGUUUAUUAAUCAUAUUUUCUAAGUUGAAAACGAGCCAAUAUUUGUAUAAACUUCAAACAAGUUAUUCAACUUGGUUAUUUCAGCAGGUCUAAUGACUUGAAUGGAGUUCUUACUAAGAUUAAGCUUGAUAUCUGAUUGUAUGCAAAACUUUGACGGAAUUUUUUAGCCGAAAAAGGGUCAUUAAAUUUCACCAAGAGUUAUAUAACUUGGUUAUUUUAGAAACCCAGAUGACUGGGAUGCAUUUUCCGGAGUUUCAAUUCAAUUUCUAUGGUAGUUACUGAGAUACAGCUUGAAAGUUAGUUGCACGCAAAACUUUUACUAAGUAUAAAAGGGCCAUAGUUUGAAUUAAAUUCCACCAAGAGUUGUUUUACUCGAUUAUUUCAGUAGGUUUGAUGCCGGGUAACUAUUGUAUGAAGUUUCAAUUCAUGACAAUGUCAUUACAACAAAAUCUCUCCAUAAAUCAAUUUUUUUUGAAAAAGUUUGAUUGAAAAACUACCAAGAAAUUUCAUGUGAAGUUUGACCAAAACUGCUCGAGUGGUUUAGGGCGAAAUGUUAUUUGAACAAAAAUGUGAAUGGUUCCGUGUUUAUUACUUUAAGCUCGCUAAGGAAGCUUAUAUUAAUAUAUCUCGGGUCCGCUUCCUGGAAGAACCAAUUUUGCUGACAUAUGAAAAAGUGCGGCUGUGACCUCAGUGUUGCUGUUUUCACUUGACUCCAUACCGGUGGUUUAAACAACGUACAUAGUCACAUGAGUUUUAGUUUGACGUAUAAGUAAGCCGGAGACCAUCAUGUUUGAAGGCAAUAUAUACUAAUUCUUUCAAAAUAUCCUGUCAGUUGAGCAGAUACGAUAUGAACACGUUUAUUGAUAAAGGGUCAUAAUACCUUUAAUUAAAAUGUGGCUGUCAGGUGUUUUUUGUUUUGUUUUGUACAUAAAAUAUAUUAUUCUCUUAUUAAAGUCAAUGCUUGA